AUGCUCAGAGAAACCAUGCAAGAGGUGGACCUACUGAUUCUGGGCGCAGGCUGGACUGCAACAUUCCUGAUCCCGCAGCUGAAGAAGGAGGGCAUCACCUACGCCGCAACAACAACCAGCGGCAGAGACCACACCAUCCCUUUCAAGUUCAGCCCAGACUCUGGUUCUGUCGAGCCAUACACGCGUCUCCCGUCGGCCCGCACCGUCCUGGUCACGUUCCCGCUCAAAGGCCACGGACAGUCAAAGACCAUCAUCGGCCUGUACCGCGCCGCCCACGGCCCGAAGAACAACUGGAUCCAACUGGGCUCGACGGGCAUCUUCAACCAGCUUCCCGAUGGCUGGAGUGCCGACGAUGCUCCGUACGACAGGGACGACACACGCGCCAUUGCCGAAGACGAACUCCUCGCCGAGCACGGCUGCGUGUUGAACCUCUCCGGUCUGUAUGGCGGCGAGCGCGUCCCGUCAAAAUGGCUGUCGCGCCUAGCGAAGAACAAAGACGACGUGAGGAAGCGCGGUGCCGUGCAUUUCGUGCACGGGGAGGACGUAGCGCGUGCGAUCAUCGCGACGCAUCGCAGGUUCACGCCAGGCAAAAGGUGGAUCAUUGCCGAUUUGCGCGUCUACGAUUGGUACGACCUGAUUCUGAGCUUCAGCGCCUUGGCCGAGGGUGUGGAGGAAAGCGCGCAGGAGCAUGAGGAGCGGCUGCAGUUUGCGAAGUGGGUGGCUGAGUUGAUGAUCGAGGAAGGGAUAAGAGCUUUACCGAGAGAGAUGAGUUCGUUGGGUCGCAAGUUGGAUUCCAGAGGAUUCUGGGAAUAUCAUGGAGCCUGGCCGAGGCACCCAAGGCUGUGUUAG